AUGGAGAGCGUGCCAAAAGACCGUCCGAAUGCUCUACCCGUAUCUCAAGCCUCGAACGAGCAUCGCCCACUUGAAGAAAAGAGCAUAGAGAGCAUCAGCUUCCGUACAGAUUCCACGAAGCCUGUCAACUUUCGAGAAGCAGACGCAACAAAGGUCCGUGAGGUACAGCAGAAUGGAGUCAGCCGGAUUGAAGCAUUCUCUCGACUCUUCGGACGCACCCAUCCCGUCGCUAUCACUCUUUACUUCUGUAUCCUCGCUGUCAGUGUUGCCUUCUCUCUUGAUCAAUCUACCACUGCAGCAUAUGAUGUCUAUGCGACAGGAGCAUUCAAUCGACAAUCCUAUAUCGGAACGAUCGAGAUCGUGGAGGCCAUCAUAGUGGCUGUCUCAAAACCAUUCAUAGCCAAGAUUUGCGAUGUCUUUUCCCGACAAACAGCCUACAUCCUGAUUCUGGUGUCCUAUGUUAUUGGAUAUAUCGUUGUUGCGACCUCCACCAGCGCGGCUGCACUUUGUGUGGGUCGAGUGAUAUCGUCUACUGGCCAGUCCGGCUUCGAUCUCAUAACGGACAUAAUUGUUGGUGAUCUAAGCCCACUACAAUGGCGUGGCUUCACCUCCGCCAUGACAUCGUUUCCUUUCCUCUUCCUACCAUUCGUAGGGUCCAAGAUUCAGGCGAGUCUUUGCACGGGCAAUACCGAUGAAUGCUGGAGAUGGGGUUUUGGAAUGUUCUGCAUCAUUGCACCCGUUCUGGUGUCACCCAUCAUCAUCACCCUGUUCUAUGCGGACCGACAGGCCAAAAAAGCUGGAGAAUUGUCUUUUGCAGCCAGUCGUCUUGAAGCCAAGAAAGCACAGGAGGCUCAAACCAUGCAAGUGCAACGGAGUAGUCUGAACAACCGCUUCACCACGUUCGGCAGAUUACUCGACGAGAUUGAUAUUAUCGGACUGCUGUUACUGGCAUUGGGAUUCGCAUUGAUUCUCCUACCUUUCAGCCUUGCACGUGAUGCUGACGGCGGAUGGUCGAAUCGAUCCAUGAUUGCCAUGAUAGUAUGCGGUUUUGUCAUCCUCGGAUUAUUUAUAAUCUGGGAUGUUAAAUAUGCAAACUAUCCCCUCCUGAACAAACGGGUCUGGCACAAUAAAACGUUCAUCUCCGCUGUCAUCAUCGAUAUCUUCUACAUGGUCAGUGGGAAUGUUCGUUCCACAUACUACACUACAUGGGUUUAUGUGAUCAAGCCUUGGAAUAAUUACGAGUGGGGCAACUUCGUCGCUAUCACCACCGUCACUCUAACUUUAUUCGGCCUCCUCGCCGGAUUGUACCAUCGUAUUUUCCACAGGUACAAAGCCUUGCAGCUGUUUGGGCUUUCACUUCGAGUCUUGGCUUUAGGACUCACGUACUGGGCCGUUGGAUCGAACGCGAGCGCAGCAGCCUUGGUCUUCUCCCAGCUGCUCAAUGGGAUGGGUGGAGCGAUGUCUGUGGUUGGUACACGAGUCGCCUCCCAGGCCUCUGUCCCUCAUCAGGACUUGGCCAGUAUCAUAUCUCAGCUGGCUCUCUGGACCCGACUGGGUUCUUCUGUGGGCUCCGCCAUCUCGUCGAGCAUGUAUACCAACACGUACAGGGCGAAUCUACUUCGUGAAGGCCUUACUGCAGAACAAGCGACAAUUUUCUACGGAAGUGGGACAAAAGCACGUGCACAAUUCGCCUGGGGCAGUGAAACCCGCGAAGCAGGAAUUCGCGCUUUCACGAAGACUAUCCGGCCUAUGUUCUUGACAGCGCUUUGUCUCUCGGUGAUUCCAUUGCUUGCUGGACUUGUCAUGCCGAACUACUAUCUGGGGCGCACUCAAAACGUUGUGGAUGGGACCACCAAUGGUGGCGCUGUGAUUGAUGAAUUCCAAAAUGAGAGACAUCGUGGUAAUGAUGGGGCGGUAGAUCGAGUUGAUCACCAACAGUCCUGGCUCCAAAGGCAAUGGCAAAAGCGCUGA